AUGAGGACUUUCCUUCCUCUUGUACAGUGUUCCCAAAAUUUCCCGAGGUUGCAGGUGGCCCUCCACAGUCGCCCUCAGACACCUGCCCCUCCACAGUCGCCCUCAGACACCUGCCCCUCCACAGUCGCCCUCAGACACCUGCCCCUCCACAGUCGCCCUCAGACACCUGCCCCUCCACAGUCGACCUCAGACACCUGCCCCUCCACAGUCGCCCUCAGACACCUGCCCCUCCACAGUCGCCCUCAGACACCUGCCCCAUCACAGUCGCCCUCAGACACCUGCACCUCCACAGUCCCCUCAGACACCUCCACUCGCCCCUCCACAGUCGCCCUCAGACACCUGCCCCUCCACAGUCGCCCUCAGACACCUGCCCCUCCACAGUCGCCCUCAGACACCUGCCAGACUCCACAGUCGUCCUCAGACACCUGCCCCUCCACAGUCGCCCUCAGACACCUGCCUCAGAUACCUGCCCCUUCACCCCCCACAGUUGCCCUCAGACACCUGCCCCUCCACAGUCGCCCUCAGACACCUGCCCCUCCACAGUCGCCCUCAGACACCUGCCCCUCCACAGUCGCCCUCAGACACCUGCCCCUCCACAGUCGCCCUCAGACACCUGCCCCUCCACAGUCGCCCUCAGACACCUGCCCCUCCACAGUCGCCCUCAGACACCUGCCCCUCCACAGUCGCCCUCAGACACCUGCCCCUCCACAGUCGCCCUCAGACACCUGCCCCUCCACAGUCGCCCUCAGACACCUGCCCCUCCACAGUCGCCUUAGACACCUGCCCCUCCACAAGUAA